CUAUUGUUAUGGCAACAUUCACGAGUCAGGAGUUAUAAAUGUACCUAUCCUAGGAGCAGUAGCUUCUGUUUCGUUUUGUAUUUGUUUGUAUAAUAAUCAUUUUUUUUUUUGAUCGUGAACUCGCCAUUCUUCUUAUCACCCUCUGCAGAUACACGAUGUCUCAUACAACAGAGGACAUGGCUUUGAACCAGUUGCAACAAGAACAGUCCAAGCUUCUAGACAAGAUCGACGAGCUGCGCACGAUCGGCGUCGGCGGUCUCGUGGAGUUGCCUCAACUGAUCGUAGGUGGGAAUCAGUCCAGUGGGAAAAGUUCUGUCCUCGAGGCUAUCUCACGCGUGCGAUUCCCGGCGAAAAGUAACGUGUGCACUCGAUUUGCGACAGAGGUCAUCCUGCGGCGGAGUCCAUCAUCGAAAAUCAAGAUAUCCAUCGAGCCUGGUCCUUCGCGUAACGACGCGCAAGAACGAUCGAAACUCCGGAGCUUUACCCACGAGGAGUUCUCUAACGGCAAUGACCUGCCUGCCCUGAUUGAGAAAGCUCGAGAGCAUAUGGGUAUUACAGAGUCUGUCAAUUCAGGAUUCAGUGAUGACGUGCUCAAGGUCGAGAUUUCGGGCCCAGACAAACCGGAGUUGACGCUGGUUGAUCUACCAGGCCUGUAUUACUCUACAAGCCAGGAUCAGGGCUCUCAAGGAAUCAAGAUUGUCCGCACCUUGACGGAAAAAUACAUGCAGAACUCACGAAGCAUUAUCCUCGCGGUGAUCAGCGCAAAAACGGAUUAUCAUCUACAGGAGGUUCUGAAUAUUGCUGAACGAUUUGACCCGGACCGCGAACGCACACUCGGAAUUAUUACACAACCGGAUAUCCUGGAGGCGAAUUCUGAGGAGGAAGACACCUAUCUUCAUUUUAUCAAGAAUCAGAAAGUCCAUUUACAGCUGGGAUGGCAUGCCUUACGCAAUCGAUCAUUUGAGACGCGAGACAUCUCGGAUGACGCCCGCGAUGAGCGAGAGAAGGCGUUCUUCAACCAAGGUCGAUGGAAUUCGUUGCCGCGUGAAUGUGUUGGAAUCGACAGCCUGCGCCGUCGCCUAAGCAGUAUCUUGCUCAAACAUAUCCGCCAUAAUCUACCAGGACUGAUCACUGACAUCCAGGAGAAGAUCGCUGAUCGGGAGCAGAAGCUUUCAAAACUAGGUCCUCCUCGUUCCACUCUUCAGCAGCAAAGAGGCUUUCUUCUCAACAUCAGUAGCAACUUUGAGCGCAUUACCGCCCAAGCUUUGAAUGGGAUGUAUGCAGAUGAAUUUUUCGGUGGAUUAGACGAUACAACAGAUGUGGAAGACUUCAGACGAAUUCGAGCUGUCAUCCGGCAAUUGAAUGAAUACUUCGCGGAUGCAAUGAGUACCCGAGGCUCUCGUAGGCAGAUCCUCGAUCUUCCUGCACCGUUUGGACAUCUUGCCUCACACUUUCCCAGGAACCCUUACAUGCACGAUUGGAAACCAGAUCUUGUGCGACGCGCUAUUCUGGAACUAGAGGUCAGCAAUCAAGCCCGCAAGAACCGGGGUAUUGAGCUGCCAGGAAGCGCCAACCAACUUCUUGUUGGAAGCUUGUUUCGUGACCAGUCCAAACCCUGGGAAGCGUUAGCCAGAGAACACUUGAUGAAAGCUUGGGAGUCGGCAAGAUAUUUCGUGUCGCUUGUUCUCCAGCACCUUACGGAUGACCACACGUACUCCUUGCUAGUUGGCUCAGUUCUUGAGCCCGAAUUUGAAAAAUUGAAGCAGGCGCUAUUUCAUAAACUGGACGAGCUUACGGCGUAUACAAAGCGAGGCCAUCCGCUACCCGUGGGCAACACAUUUCUGACUCGCGUUCAAAAGGCUAGAGACAACCGUGAGCUAGAUUUGCUGCGUGCACAACUGAAGUCCACUAAACCUGAGAAAGACGAUUUUGAUUCUGUAUUCUCCAUCAGUGACAUCAGAAUAGCGACACAGAAGUUAGAAUCGACUCGUGACGAGUUUGCAGCUGCCGAUAUCAUUGACCAGAUGCAAGCGUAUUAUGAUACUGCCAUUGUGACCUUUGUCGAUAAUGUUGCAACUCUUGGCAUCGAAAAUUGCCUUGUAGAUCCUCUUCAACGCAUAUUCACCAGCCAGGUUAUUAAUGACAUGGAGGAUAACAAAAUCCAAGAACUUGCAACGGAACUGUCUUACAUUAGCGAAGAACGAGAUCGUUUGGAUGCAGAGUUGAAGAAACUGCAAGCUGGUUUACGAGCUUUGAGUCUCUUCAACAUCCAAAAGCCAUUACUUGGUAAUCCACCUGUCUUCGUUAAAGAGCGUGAGGCAACACCAUCAAAUGAUCCAAGCCAGCUCAAGAAACAGAGCAGUCCACAGCCAGCAACUAGUACUUCGCUAUUAGGAUCCGGGAAAAAGGUUAUGGUUAGGCUACCAGAACGAAGCACACCUCAGUCACGCUCUGGAUUUGAUUCCGUGCGCACGACUUCUCCAGCUCCGAGUGCAGUUUCCGGGGGCUUGUUCGGUUUAAGUUCACAUGACCAACAAUCCUCAGGCUUUGGAGGAACAGCUUCAGUGUCUGGGGUCAAACCUUCAUUCUCAUUUGGACAACAAUCUUCAAGCUUGUUUGGACCAAAACCUUCAGGCUCUGGAGAAAACACCCCAAGCUUUGGAGGAUCAUUUUCAGCCUCGAGUUUAUUUAAGAUGUCCGAUAGAUCUUCAGCACAGGUCGGUGAUAGUCAUUCUAGCACCAAUGGACUAUUUGCACGGGUUUCGAUUCCCGGGGAAUCUGAUGCAAACGACAUUACUCCCCGUUUUGGAACAGACCAGGCCAAAUCUCCAAGUACGAAAGGUCAGAACCGGUAGGGGUCCGAAAUUUCCUUUGUUUACCUCAGAAAUAUGAAUGUACAUAUUCUCUUCAGCGAUUAUUCCACAAUAUAUUGGGGUUUCUUAUCGUAACCUUCUAUUAAGAUAAACCGUUUCUAACACUUGCCUCUACUUGAUAGGAAUCCAAUAUUUGUAAAGCUGUCCGAGACUGAGUCCUCUACUUACUCGGAUCACCUAUCAUUUAUCCCUCCCUUUGAUAAAUAUUCUCCAGAGGAGCUUCGACUCGGUGACUAU